GAUCAAGUGCAUGUGUAAAGGCCAUCUGAAUUGAUCGUGUCUCUACGGAAAUCACACAAAUUUAGCAAAAUAUGUAUUUGAAUCGAUCAAGCUUUUGCCUCCAUUGAUGCACGUCUCGAGCUCUAUAAAUGAAACAGGCUUGGAUCUCGUGUUCGUUGCUUCUGCUUGGUCAUUAACUACUGCGUUUAGAGUUCCUUCAUCUGCCUGCAUAUUGCAGUAUUCUGCAUUCUUUUGGUGUUCCUUCAAAAAGAAAGCAAGGGAAUGCUGAAAGAUGUGCCUGAGGUUUCAUAGGCCUUCUUUGGAAUUCCACUAGAAUUGCCGUGCUUCAUCCCUGAUGAGACUGGGAAUAAUAUGUUCUGCUACUGGAAACAAAUCCCAUUACAGAAUGGUUGCUUUAUUGGAGCAUAAUCUUUCUGAAGAUUGAACUGCUUUGUUUUAGAAAAUCUUUCUACAUAGUAAAGAUCGAGGGUAGCUUAUUAGUCUCAUAUAUCAUAUAUUAAGAUUUGGUAUAUAAGAAAUAUGGACAUUAAAGGGAAUAUCCUGAUGGAGAGAUACGAGUUAGGGAGGUUACUAGGUCAAGGGACGUUUGCCAAGGUUUACUUUGCUCGUCACUUAAGAACAGGCCAAAGUGUGGCAAUUAAGGUAAUAGAUAAAGAUAAGGUUUCAAGAGUUGGGCUUAUUAAUCAGAUCAAGAGAGAAAUAUCUAUUAUGAGACUAGUGAGACACCCUAACAUCUUGCUGCUUUAUGAAGUCAUGGCUACCAAAACCAAGAUAUAUUUUGCCUUAGAAUAUGCGAAAGGUGGGGAGCUCUUUGAUAAGGUGGCCAAAGGAAAGCUAAAAGAACAUACUGCUCGUAAAUAUUUUCAGCAGUUGAUCAAUGCUAUUGAUUUUUGCCACAGCAGAGGGGUCUAUCAUCGCGAUCUGAAGCCUGAAAACUUGCUAUUAGAUGAGAAUGAGAAUUUGAAGGUUUCUGACUUCGGGUUAAGCGCCCUUGCUGAAUCCAAGCGUCAAGAUGGGAUGCUGCAUACCACUUGUGGGACCCCUGCCUAUGUGGCUCCGGAAGUUAUCAAUAGGGGAGGCUAUGAUGGGGACAAGGCCGAUGUUUGGUCUUGUGGGGUGAUUUUGUAUGUUUUACUAGCUGGUUAUCUCCCAUUCCAUGAUUCAAAUUUAGUGGAAAUGUAUAGAAAGAUUGGCAAAUCAGAGUUUAGAAUUCCGAAUUGGUUUCCCCCCGAGGUACGGAGGUUGCUCUUGAAAAUCUUGGAUCCAAAUCCCAUCAGUAGAAUCUCAAUUGCCAAAAUAAAGGAAAAUCCAUGGUUUCAAAAGGGGAAAAUUGCCAGAGAACCGAGAAAUGAGACUGAAAAUAAAGUGUUGGUUCCUCCUCCAAGUUCAGAUGGAGCUUCAGGCUCCUCCAUUACAGAUCCUGAAGAAAACCAAGAAGUGAUGAAUCCCCCAAACAUGAACGCAUUCGAUAUUAUCUCCCUCUCUCCAGGGUUUGAUUUGACAGCAUUAUUCGUGGAACCCCGGCAAAAGAAAGAAGCAAGAUUUACCAUUUGGCAACCUGCGUCCAUUAUCAUCUCCAAACUGGAAGACGUUGCUAAACUUCUGAGGAUGAAGGUGAGCAAAAGAGAAGCUGGGUUGUUGAAAAUUGAAGCAUUGGACGAGGGUAGAAAAGGCAUUUUGUCAAUUGAUGCAGAGAUAUUCGAGCUCACUCCAUCCUUCCAUUUGGUGGAGGUGAAGAAAUCUAAUGGAGAUACACUCGAAUAUCAGAAGGUAGUAGAUGAAGGUUUAAGACCUGGACUUGAAGAUAUAAUGUGGGAUUGGCAAAGUGACGAACAAGCACCUCCGCAACAAGAGCAACAAGUACAACCACAGCAGGAUCAGUUGUAGGGAUUUGGAUCCAUUGCCAUUAUUUCAGUGCCGUUCUGCAGGGGAAUCCAUGAUCGAACGACAUGAUCAACAUGCCCUGUCGUGCCUCUUGAUACUUUUUGAUGAAAUAGAACAAACUUAGGUGUAAACUUACACGCAUCACCGUUAGUUCUCUAACGUGCAACUUCGUUCAAUAGCUAACUAGCAGCCAAGUUCCUUCAAUUUUCCUAAGUCUAGUCUUUUUCGUUAUACAUUACAGGCUAAUUCUCAGUUGUAUUUUCUUUUUGGUAAAG